GCCGCCGCCGCCGCCCGUGGGCCGAGGAAGUGCUGUCACGGCGUGUGCUGCGCAGGGAGGCUCCUGAACACCGGGCUGGCCAGACCUUUCCGUCGGCGGGUGCCGAGCUGGGAUCGCCGCCAUGAGCAAGAUCUCCAAGUUCUUUAAGGGGGGCGGCUCGGCCGGCUCCAAGGGCCGCGGGGGUCCCUCGCCGCAGGAGGCGCUGGCCCGGCUGCGGGAGACGGAGGAGAUGCUCAGCAAGAAGCAGGAGUACCUGGAGACGCGGAUCGAGCGGGAGCUGGCGGUAGCCCGGCAGCACGGCACCAAGAAUAAGCGAGCUGCCUUACAAGCACUGAAGAGAAAAAAGAGGUAUGAGAAACAGUUGAAUCAAAUUGAUGGGACACUUUCGACCAUUGAGUUCCAGAGAGAGGCAUUGGAAAAUUCCCACACCAACACAGAAGUGCUCAAGAAUAUGGGUUAUGCUGCACAAGCUAUGAAAAAAGUACAUGAAAAUAUGGAUUUGAACAAAAUUGAUGAUUUGAUGCAAGAUAUCACUGAACAGCAAGAUGUUGCCCAGGAAAUUUCAGAUGCUAUCUCAAACCGAGCCACCUUUGGUGAUGAGUUUGAUGAGGAUGAGUUGAUGGCAGAAUUAGAGGAACUGGAGCAAGAAGAACUGAACAAGGGAAUGAGAGAUGUCAGGUUGCCAAGUGUUCCAUCCACAUCGCUCCCUUCUCGCCCUGCAUCUACCAGGAAAAGAGCAGAGGAUGAAGAUGAAAUGAAGAAACUGGCUGCCUGGGCUUCAUAAGAGCAUGGUCUUUUUAUAACACCAAACAUUACAGUGCAGAAUGUAAAGAGCUAUACUGCUGUUUUAUAACCACACUGUGGUUGCAUUUCAUACAGGCUGGGGUUUUUUAUGGCACAUCUUGCUGAGACUCGUGUUACUGCUAUGUUACAAAAUUAGCUUAAAAACCAGCAAACAAAAGAAUUAAAUAGUUACCUAAACCUUCAGGCAUAAUUUUUUUCAGCCUCAUCAAGAGAUUUGUUUUAUUAUUAGUAUCAGUUUUUAAUAGGCACUCUCUUACCAUAUCUGUUGGUUUGUAAAACCCGUGUGCCUCACUUAUGCUCAAAGCUGGAUUCAUUUUUGAAAUGAGAAAGUUAAGUAAGCCCUAUAACUAGAGGGUUAUUUGGUUCAGACUAUUUAAAUGUUAGCAAAACAGCUCAAUACAUGUCCUCACAAGUUCUUUGAGCCCAAGAACUAAUAGCUAUUCAUUUGGACAUGAAGAUUCAAAGUCUGCCUUGAGCAACUUAUGGUGUCCUAGAUAUUAGAAGGAAGCUCUUCUCUGGGCUUACUGAAGUGGGAUGUGUUAUUUGUUUUUUUUUUUAACAGGCCAAAAUGUCCCAUGCACUUCUAUAGGUCAACUUGAAUUGUAUUUUGGACUAUUUCUGACUAGGUUACAGAAUGAUGUGAUUGAGGAAAGCAAAAUUAGCAACACAUUUUUAGUUACACAAUUUCAAAAUAGCUUUAAUUUCUGAGCAUCUGGUUCUUUAUCUCUUAUUCAGUUUGUGAAUUGAAAUAAUACCAGUUUGUUGCAUUUGCAGGGCCUUUUUAAACCUUGGUUAAAAGCUGAUUCUGGCUUACUUGUAAAGUUGGUGUGUUAGUGUCCAGCUGACAGUGGUUUAGCCUAAGGAAAAAAUGCCACUCUUGAGUGCUAAACUACUAUAUAUA